AGGGGGCUGAGCAGCGCAGCGGCAGAGCUCAGUGUGAGCGCGCGGCAGCAUCACUAGUCGCGCUCGAGGACAUUCUCAUCAAACCUCUAACCGUCAAACAAACCGUUCCGUUCCCUCAAUUCUUCCCGUUUUCUCCCGUGUUUUCCGCUCCCCCUCCCUCCUCUUUGCUCUCUCUUUCUUUUCUUUUCGCGUGUUUUCCUCUCAAAGAUGGCCUGCCAGGGGCUCCAGAAAGGGGAAACCCUGGCGUCUCUGAAGAGGGAGUGUGACAAUCUGAAGAAGAAGCUGGAGGAGGAGCGGGGCAAGCUGAACGACGUGGAGCUGCACCAGGUAGCUGAGAAGACUGAGGUGCUGGGAGCUCUCUCCGUAAAGACCAGACGUGUGCUGAAGGGUCAUGGGAACAAGGUGCUCUGUAUGGACUGGUGCAAAGACCGACGUCGUCUGGUCAGCUCUUCACAGGAUGGAAAAGUGAUAGUCUGGGAUGCAUUCACUCUCAAUAAGGAGCAUGGGAUUACCCUGCCAUGUACAUGGGUGAUGGCAUGUGCUUAUGCUCCCUCAGGCUGUGCUGUGGCAUGUGGUGGACUGGAUAACAAGUGCUCAGUGGUCCCGCUGUCACUGGACAAAACCGAGAACUUGGCCGCAAAGAAGAAGUCGGUCGCCAUGCACACCAACUACGUAUCGGGAUGCACCUUCACCAACUCUGACAUGCAGCUCCUGACCUGCAGUGGUGACGGCACAUGUGCCUUGUGGGAUGUGGAGAGUGGGCAGCUGCUGCAGAGUUUCCAUGGUCAUACAGCUGAUGUCUUGUCCCUGGACCUCGCCCCAUCUGAAACUGGAAACACUUUUGUCUCUGGGGGCUGUGAUAAGAAGGCCAAUGUGUGGGACAUGCGCUCUGGACAGAACAUUCAGUCUUUUGAAAGCCACGAGUCUGACAUCAACUGUGUAAAGUACUACCCCAGCGGAGAUGCAUUUGCUUCUGCUUCUGACGAUGCCACAUGCCGUUUUUAUGAUCUGCGAGCUGACCGUGAAGUAGCAGUCUACCAGAAGGACAGCAUCAUAUUUGGUGCUUCCACUGUGGACUUCUCUCUGAGUGGUCGCCUGCUUUUUGCUGGUUACAAUGACUACACCAUCAACGCGUGGGAUGUUUUGAAGGGAACUCGUGUCUCUGUCUUGUUUGGCCACGAGAACCGGAUCAGCAGAGUCAGAGUGUCACCUGAUGGCACAGCGCUCUGCUCUGCCUCCUGGGACAACACCUUACGGAUUUGGGCCUAGUGUUCAUUUGAUGUUUGUGAUCCAGCAAAGACAGCACUAUCGUUAUGUGACUGCCAACACUGCAAGUCCCUGCCUGGAGUCAACACACAGAAACGCAAAUACUUAACAUGUCUCCUCUGAAUGAGAAUAUGCCAUCAUAUCAUAACUGUAGGGUGGGUGUUCACUUAAACAGAUGGUUCAUCAAGUUCAGAUUCCUAAUAUUUGUUAUUGAUAGCCUGACGACUGAUAUUGUAUAAAUAUAAGUGUUGUUGCUAAUAUAGUGGGAGAUAAUUGUCAGUGUAAAGAGCCAAAAUAAUCUGUAGAGAUCAGCAGCACGUAUCUGCUCUGCUGUGUAAACCUACAGACUGUACUGCUGAUUGUCUUUGUCUGUAAAAUAUGCACACUGGUUUACUGUCACCUCUCCUGAGAGAACCACACCUGCCCAGAAUAAUGCUGUAGGUGUCACACUGUUAUUAUGGUCUUUACUGUUGUAGGUUAUGUCAUGAUUAUCCUAAGGGAGACAUCUUUAAAUGUCUCCUCAUAUUUUUUCUUAUUUCAAACUACUUUUACCCCAACAGUUUAUCUUAAAUCCUUGUGAGAGUAAUAAAUCAGAUUUUAAGUA